AUGAGCUUCGUAAAGUUCAAGGCCGAGAUACGUCGUAUCUUUGGCAUCUCCAACGAAGACAAGGUUGCUGUACGCCUUAUUCAGCACAUCCGUCAACACACUUCAGCAUCCGAUUAUGCCGCCAAAUUCCAGGAGUAUGCCCAGAUCACCGACUGGGAUGACUCCGCCCUGAUGACCAUAUAUCGACGUGGUCUGAAGGAGAACGUCAAGGACGAACUCAUGAGAUCCGGCAUGAAAAUCGAAGAUCUUGAUGAUCUUAUCCGUGCAUCGAUCGAAAUCGACGACAACCUUUACGAACGCGCUAUGGAAAGACGCCAUGAUAUAGCCCCUCGCGGCAAGUCUGGCUACGUUCCAUACCGUAGUAACAAUAACACCAAUAAAGGAAGAAACUUCAACAGACGCAACCAGUACCAGGAUCCUUACGGACCUAUGCCAAUGGAACUAGAUGUUACCGAAGGUCGCCGAUCUCAGGGCAGGAAGCAGUUUAAAGGGAAGAGUCAGAUGACUUGCUACGCAUGUAACCAGAAAGGUCACAUAGCAAGGGAUUGUCGUUCGAAGAACAAGGUGCCUCGAAGACAAUUCAACAUGACGCAGCGCCGUUCCGAAGGAAAGGAGCCAGAGCGCAACGAGCCAAUAGAAACCAAAGAACUGGACACCCAUAAAACCCUUAGCUGGACGGCUUGCUAUGAUAACGCAUGUCUAGUCCAUUACGACGCUAAGAUGGGGUCAGCAUGGUUUCCCCAUGCACCUAGAAAGGGCAGAGGAGGCUACAACGAGAUCAAUGUCAUCACCAAGAAAGAUGAUCUCGAGGAAGGAAAAAUCGAAGAAGAAGACGUCGAGAGCGAUCCCGAGGAGGACGACGACGAGGAGGAAAGCAGUGACGAAGAAUCUUCUAACGAGGACGAACCUACACACAUGUGUGAUGGACGAGAAGGCAUCGAAACCUUACAUGCCUACGUACCAUCAUGCUUCACCAAGAUGUUCAACAUUAUGAUGAAGCAUAGGGAGGAAGCAUUCCCAUCAAUCAAUGGUCAAAGAUUCCUGCACCCUCACAACUUCGAUAACAUGCUAGAUCAGAUCCGCAAUGCAUUUUGGGAACAUAGACUUGUGGUAGUCGACUACGACUUCAAGGCUUUCAUUGUCGAAAGGCCACCACUCGGUAGUACCUUUGCACCAGCUGGAUACAUCAUUCCCACAGGAGAACGUGUUAACAAGAGCACCGAUCUUAGAGGUCAGACGGGCCACGAAGCGAGAGUUAGUGAAGGAAGUCACGUACCUUCUGAUAUCCCUGAACAAUACAGCAAAUGGAAACGCUUGUUUCAGGAAGAGGAGAAUGCAAACGCAUUACCUAGGCAUCAGCCGUGGGAUCACGAAAUACGACUCGAACUAGGGAAGCAACCCACAUUUAGACCCAUUUACGCGUUAUCCGAAAAAGAACUCAAGACGCUUCGAGAAUACCUGGACGAGAAUCUGGCACGAGGAUUUAUCCGCAAAUCGGAAUCCCCUGCAGGUUACCUAAUUCUGUUUGCACCAAAGAAAGACGGCAGUCUGAGACUGUGCGUUAAUUACCGAAAGAUUAACGAUAUCACCGUCAAGAAUCGUUACCCAUUGCCGAACAUUGAAGAACUACAGGAUCGCUUAUCCAAAGCGAAAUGGUUCUCAAAGAUUGAUCUCAAAGGAGCCUACAACCUCAUCCGAAUAAAGGAGGGAGAAGAAUGGAAGACCGCGUUUCGUACACGCUACGGACAUUACGAAUACUUAGUCAUGCCAUUUGGUCUUACCAACGCCCCGGCUACCUGUCAGAUGAUGAUCAAUGACACGCUACGAGAAUAUCUGGAUAUCACAGUUGUCGCAUACUUAGACGACAUCUUGAUAUACACAGACGGAAAACCUGGAACAACACAACGGAGACUUAAGGCAAACCCAAAGAAAUGUGAAUUUCACGUAAAGGAGACCGAGUUCCUCGGCUUCAUCAUUAGAGUCGACGGCAUCCGGAUAGAUCCUGCGAAAAUCACAUCAAUCAAAGAAUGGCCUACUCCGAAGAACCUCAAAGAAGUACAAUCAUUCCUUGGACUAGCAAACUACAACAGGAAGUUCAUAUUAGGUUACUCCCAGACAGCGUUACCACUCGUGGAACUCACGAAGCAAGAUACUCCAUUCAUAUAG